UUCGGUAGGGUCUCUUAAUUUUUUUUUGUGUUGGAGGAGAAACCCUAGAAGUUCAGCCUAUCGGAGGAUCUCUCUCUCGGAUCUCGGAUGGCGAAGUCGAAGAAUCACACUGCUCACAACCAGUCGCACAAGGCGCAUAAGAACGGAAUAAAGAAGCCGAGAAGGCACCGUCACACUUCGACCAAAGGAAUGGACCCGAAGUUCCUAAGGAACCAGAGGUACGCGAGGAAGCACAACAGCAAGAGCGGAGAGAACGCUAGCGGGGAAGAGUAAGGAUAAUGUGUGGCUUACUUUAUGAAUUUGGGAUUGGAAUUCAAAGCAUUUUUUUAGAUUGAGUUGAUGAAUUUCUGCUUUUGUUUAUUUAUGUUUACGCAAGUGGUUGCUGUACUACUAUGGACGCCCUAAUCUCAGAGAUCUUUUUGGUUAUCUUACCUUA